AUGGGAGGAGCUUCGAACCAACAGAACGGUGUCAAUGCUGAUUUAGGAGGAGAUGGAUCGAUCUCGCAGCAAGACUUUCAGACGAUCCUGUCAUGGAACAAGACCUAUCCAGAGCGAAUUGAGCGAUGUGCCUAUGAUAUGUUUCAAGAAACGGCGCAAAAGCAGCCGAACUAUUUGGCUAUAUGUGCCUGGGAUGGUGACCUCCUAUACGGUGAACUCGAUCAGCUCGCGACAAAGUUAGCAACCCAACUCAUCGAAAUUGGACUCCGCCCCGGAACGUUGAUCCCCAUAUGCUUCGAAAAGUCAAUGUGGGCCACCGUUGCCAUGCUGGGUGUGCUCAAAGCCGGAAGAGGUUUCGUGAUGCUCGACGCCUCUCUCCCAGAGCAGCGUCUCCAGGCUAUCAUUCGACAAGUCAAAGCCACACGGAUCCUGACCUCCGCUUCAAACCGGGCUCUCGGUGCGAGGUUGGCGCCAGACGUGAUAUUUAUCAGCAGUCAGUUUUUCACAGAACUAGAUGUCAAAGCAGACCGGCGCCCGACUUCCGUCGACCCUAUGUCAGUCAUGUAUGUGACCUUUACCUCUGGCAGUACAGGUACACCCAAAGGGGUAAUGAUUACCCACAGCAACUUCGCAUCCGCUCUUUAUCAUCAGAUGAGGCAUCUCGGAUCUACACCAGAGUCAAGUGUCUAUGACUUUGCGUCAUACUCCUUUGAUCUAUCAAUUAUCGAUGCUUUUGACACUCUCGUGGCAGGUGGUUGUCUAUGUGUGCCAACAGAGCAAGACCGCACUAACCGGCUCGCUCAAAGCAUCACGUCUUUGCGCGCCAACGUUGUCUUUCUCACGCCUUCGGUCGCGAGACUGCUAGAUCCCGAUGAGGUACCCACUUUGCAGACUCUCAAGUUUGGUGUUGAAGCUCUAAGCAUCGGGGAUGUUAUUCGUUGGUGGGGGAAAGUACAGGUUAUCAAUUUGUACGGGCCAUCCGAAUGCACACCAUUCAGCCUCUUUAACUGCGACGCUUCAAGUCCACAAGAAGCCACCCGAAUAGGUAAGGGCGCCGGCCAAGUAACAUGGGUCGUUGACCCGGACGAUCACGAUCGAUUACUUCCGCUCGGGCAUACCGGCGAGCUGCUUCUCGAGGGUCCACUUGUUGGUAAAGGCUAUUUGGGUGAUGACGAGAAGACAGCUAGUACGUUCAUUCGAAAACCAGUGUGGCUACAGAGAGAAGCAUCGGAUAAGCAAGACUGGUCAGAACGACGUCUGUACAAGACCGGAGAUCUUGUCAAAUACAACGACGACGGAAGCUUAACGUAUGUCGGACGCAAAGACGCCCAAGUCAAGAUCCACGGACAGCGAGUCGAGCUCGGGGAAAUUGAAUUCUGGUUAAUGGAGCAUAUGCCGGAGGUCUUUCGUGUCGUGGCAGACACUAUCGACUUUGAAGGGGACACGUCCACCCAUGUAUUAGCAGCCUUCGUCCAAAUGAACAGCGAUCCAGUCGACACCAAGCCGCUGAAAGGUGCAAUCGAAGUGCUCCAUCUGUCAGUCAGUGUUGAGAAGGUUCUGGUCACGCAUCUACCAUGCUACAUGAUGCCAGCAGUUGCUUUCGCUGUACCAGAGCUCCCAAUGACAGUGGCAGGAAAACUAGAUCGCAGGAAGCUACGCGACCUGGGCACGUCAUGCUUCCAGCAAUACAGGCAGCUGCAACGACACAGCUCAGAACCGUCGCCUCUGCCACCGUUUGCGAAAGAGCUUCAGACGAUACUAGGUCGCGCUCUUGCCCUAGAUCCAGCACUUAUAGGCCUCGACGAUAGUUUCUUCCGACUAGGGGGCGACUCCAUUGCAGCGAUGCGAUUCAUCUCCGAGGCUCGCAAGGCCGGCAUCGAAAUGACUGUUUCAGACAUCUUUCAAAACCCUACACUUGGUGGUCUAUUCAGCCAAGAGUAUCGGUCAGUGGACGAGGCACCAAAAGUGAUUCGACCGUUCACUCUCCUCGGUAAUAAAUUCAAUCCAGCCAAGCUAGUUGAAGAGACCGCCAAUAGGUACCAAAUAGAUCGCGCUUCCAUAGUCGAUGCAUACCCUUGCACACCCUUGCAGGAAGGUCUCUUUUCUCUGUUGUUGAAGGAUGCUGGGGAAUACGUACACCAGCGCACUCUAGAAAUUCGUCCCUCGAUCCCAACCAGCAAAUUCUGCCGGGCAUGGGAGACCCUAGUGCGAAAUGUAGCUAUUAUGCGCACAAGAAUCGUGCAGACCCGCGAAAGGGGAAUCUUACAGGUAGUAUCGAAUCAGAAAAUACAGUGGAUCCAUACAACGGGCUUAGACGAAUACCUGAAAGAAGACAGGAAACUGCCAAUGGAGCUUGGGAAGCCACUUGCGCGGUAUGCACUCAUCACUGAUCCUUCAAGUGCACGUCGAUGGUUUGUGUGGACACUGCAUCACGCGCUGUACGACGGCUGGUCCUUACCACUCACGCUCGACAUGGUCAAUCAAGCGUAUCGUGGCAUCUCGAUCAAGUCAGCGGAGCACGAAUUCAAUGUUUUUAUCGAGUACAUUGGGAAGCAGAAUGGUGAAAAAAUGGCUGAGUACUGGCGCAACACCCUUGAGGGGUGUGAUUGCGCCUCGUUUCCGACUCUUCCAUCGUCCGUACGGCGGCCAGUAGCAGACAGCGAAGUGGCUCACCCGAUAAAAUGCCUCGAAUCACGGUCGCGAGACGUUACGCCCGCCAUGCUUGUCCGUGCCGCCUGGUCUUUGCUCGUCAGUCGCGUCACAAACUCAGACGAUGUGGUGUUUGGCAUCACUGCGUCAGGACGAAGUGUGCCUGUCCGCGGCAUUGACAAAGUGGUAGGCCCGACUAUCGCAACAUUUCCGCUAUACGUCAAGAUCCCGCGGUCCCAGAAGGUCUCACACUAUCUGGCAGUCAUGCAGCAGCAAGCCACGGAGAUGAUUCCCUUUGAGCAAUUCGGUUUGCAUCGGAUCGCUAAGACCUGCCUAGGAGCUAAGCAGGCAUGCGCGUUCCAAACGCUCCUCGUCAUCCAGCCACAAGAGAUGACUCGAGCAGACGGGACACUCGGAAAGUGGUUGGAGAGCUGUUCGCCAGAAUGGGUCAACACAUACGCACUGUCGCUUGAAGUGCAACUCAGCGCAAAUACGGUCAUUGCUAGAUUUGACUCGAGGGUGAUCAAGCCAUGGUUUGUGCAAGUGUUGUUAGAAGAGCUAGACUUUGUAAUGACGCAGCUCGACAAUGCAGGCUCUGAGCAGGCCAUAGGAGGGAUCAAGCACGUUUCGCCCCAGAACCUCGAGCGAGUCUGGAACUGGAAUCGCUCUGUCCCAUCGCCGGUAAAUCAGUACAUCCACCAGACGAUUGAAGAGAGGAUACAGAGUCAGCCAAAUGCAUCGGCAAUAUCUGCCUGGGACGGAGAUUUUACCUAUAGCGAGCUAGACAGGCUCGCCACGGAGCUAGUGGUGGCACAGCUUGUAGAAUCCGGGGUCGGCCCACAUCUACUGGGACCAGACAUGCUGAUACCCCUAUGCUUUGAGAAGUCCGCAUGGGCCGUCGUGGCUAUUCUUGGUGUCCUGAAGUUCGGUGCAGGCUUUGUGCUGCUCGAUCCGUCCCUUCCUGAGCCCCGACUACGAUCGAUACUCCACCAAGUAGGCUCUCGGGUGCUUCUAUCCUCCCACGCUAAUGUGAGCUUGAGCCGAAGGUUGUCUGAGAUUGUUGUCCAAAUUGGCCCAGACCUCUUGCAGUCUCCAAGCCAUGUCCAGGACCGUGUCCCGAGACAUUCUAUGCGUUCCAUGGCACUGUCGCCGCCAUCGUCGAAGAUAAUGUACGCAGUCUUCACUUCCGGUAGUAGCGGGACCCCCAAAGGCGUGCUGGUGACGCACGCAAGCUUCUGCUCUGCUGUUGACCACCAGCUCGGGCUUCUCAGGUUUACGAGGGAGUCUAGAAUUUUGGAUUUUGCGUCUUAUGCUUUUGACGCCGCAGUACACAACGUGAUGGCUACGCUUGUUGCAGGAGGAUGCCUGUGCAUUCCGUCUGAAGAGACACGCAAGAAUGACCUUACCGAGGUCAUUUCGGUCAUGCGGCCCACGAUGGCGAAUCUCACUCCAACGGUGGCACGUCUGGUCGACCCAGGAGCAUUGCAGGGUCUGGACACGUUGAUUUUACUAGGCGAGCCGGUCACAGCCAGAGAUGCCGAGCGAUGGAGGUCACACAACGUCCAUUUCAUCAACACAUAUGGACCCGCUGAAUGCACCCCAAUUAGCACUAUCAACUCUUCAAGUACCAACUCUGAAGAGGCUAUGCGGAUAGGUAAGGGCGUGGGGCUCGUAACAUGGAUUGUCGAUCCAGAGGACCACAACGUCCUAAUGCCUCCCGGAUGCACCGGCGAACUGCUCCUAGAGGGACCGCUCGUUGGAAAGGGGUAUAUGAAUGGCCCAAAAAAGACCGUUAAGGCAUUCAUAGAAGACCCCAAAUGGCUUCUGGAAGGUUCAAUUGGUCAACCAGGGCGUCAUGGUCGACUUUACAAGACGGCUGAUCUGGCACGGUACAACGAAGACGGGAGUCUGUCGUUUGUGGGCCGCAAUGAUAGUCAAACCAAAAUCAGAGGACAGCGCAUUGAGCUCGAAGAGGUUGAACAUCAUAUUUUGAAGUGCUUGCCACCAGAAGCGAUCCAGGUCGUGGUUGAAGUUAUUGUGCUCGAGGCCGGGACGAAUCCCAGACUGGUGCUAAUGGCCUUUAUUCAAGAACGCACGACUGCCAUGCAGACGACCAAAAGUGAGCCUGGCGUCAAACCCAUGAAAUACCCCAUGGCGGCCACCAUCAAGAACAAACUCGCACAGAACCUACCGAGCUACAUGGUGCCGACGAUUUUUCUUUCCGUGUUGGAACUGCCGCUCACUGCCACGGGAGAGACAGACCGGCGACGACUGCGUGAAAUCGGCCGGGCGGUGCUAUUGACCGAGGGAGAGCGAUUGUUGGACGCGUCCGAGCAGUGUCUUGAGGAAGAGUCUCCCAUAGACGGGCCAAUACUGGAGACUGAACAGCCGGCGUAUACACUCGCCCGGAAAGUGCAUUCCUUGCGUUCCUCGUGGAGUCGGCGAAAUGUCUCUUCUGGAAAGGACGAGGGAACCACUGGGUUAAACAACGUGCCGUUACAGUCCGCAGGUCUCGACUCGGUAGACAUGAUGGAGCUCACUUCUUUUAUCUCACAGAAUUUCCAUGUUCAUGUCCACAUGCGGCUUCUAAUGAGCGGUGUAACGAGCAUCAGGAGUCUCGCUCAAUAUCUAGUAGACUGCCAGGCUUCUGUCGCUAAGAACUGUCUUGCUGGGCAUGGUUCAACUACGACAUCAGCUUCAAUCGACCUCAUGGCCGAGAUCCACCGACAUGACGCGAGAGUUAUGGCUGCCCGGCACAAGUCUUCAAACCUUGAUCGCAUCCUGAGCAAUAACUCGCCAAUUGACAAAGACAAUCAGACCUUCAGCGUGUUCUUGACCGGCGCCAGCGGUUUCAUCGGCACUCAAAUCCUACGCCAGCUCCUAGGACUUCGUCACGUCAGCCGUGUGAUUAGUCUCGUGCGCGGCGAGACCGACGAGGCAUCCAGAUAUCGCACCGUUGAUGCGGCUGUGAAAGCGCUCUGGUGGAAAGACCACCAUGCAGAGAAGCUUGAUGUCUGGCGGGGCGACCUAUCCCAGCCGAAUCUGGGGCUUGACCCAACGCGCUGGGAUUCGUUGACUGGAGGCCAAGCGGCCAAUAUCAUCAUCCACGCUGGCGCCACAGUGCACUGGACAAAAAGCUAUGAAGUCCUAGAGGCAGCCAAUGUUGGCUCGACCGUAGAGUUGCUGCUUCUCGCCAACAGACUACCCUACAUGAGAUUCCUGUAUAUAACCGGUGGUCGACCAUGGAGCUCUCUCGAAGAGCCUGACGUGGUGAAGGAGCUCUCAGUCGCCGACGCCAUCCCGUACAGCCAAACGAAGCUCGUCGCCGAAGCCGUCGUCCGGCGUGCGGCGCAGCGUAGCCCAUCCGAGGCCGGUCGUCUCGCUGUGCUGAACCCCAGCUGGGUCAUCGGCACGCCCGACGAGGGCGUCUCCAACACCAGCAACUAUAUCUGGCGACUGGUAGCGACGUGUAUCAAAAUAGGGGCGUACAACACCUCUGAGGCAGACGGAUGGCUAUUCAUCUCCGACGUCGCAACCACUGCGACGGCGAUUAUCGACGCAGCGCUAGGUAAUAGCGUAGAUACACACGUCACCGAUGAGUCUCCCGUAGACGGAAUAACGUGGAAAGAGAUAUGGUCCAUUCUCGAAGGUCUCGGUUAUAAGCUUCAUGGGAAGGCUACAGCCGAGUGGCUAGCUCUUGUCCGAGCCGACAUGGACGCAGGAAAGGAGACACACCCGCUGUGGCCUCUGGCGCACAUGAUUGAGGGAUUCCAGAACGAUAGGCGGACAGCGAACUUUUCCCUAGAGAAGCGUGUCUGCACUCCCUUGCGAUUGAAACGCGCUGUAGCGAAGAGUGCUGAAUAUCUUGUUCGCGUCGGGUUCUUACCUGCUUCUCCUGGUUUGCAUUGA